CGUCACCCAUUCGAGAAUGGAAUGGAACCUUGCAGAUUCAUUCGCGCCUUAACGCGACAUCGGAUGACAGCCGCUCAACUCGGGGAGGUGGGCAUGGAACGCCCUGUACCUGACUGAAGAAGAAAACAACCGCCACGUACUUAACUUGCAGCGAAAUGGCAGCCCCAAGUGAAUUCCCAGAGAUCCAAGGCGGCGGCAGUUUGAUGCUGGCCUGGCAGAUUCGAGGCAAGAAAGCUCUGAUUGUUGGUGGUGGCGAGGUCGCAGCCGGCCGCAUCUACCACCUACUCAAUGCCGACGCCGCCGUGACCUGUGUCAGCCCGUCGGCCGGCUUACACCCCGAGGUGGCGCACCGCAUCGCCCAUGGGCAAGUCACGCACGUCGACAGGGUUUUUGUCCCUACGGACCUCGAUGACCCGGCCAUUUCCAUGGUCCUCGUUGCAAUUGACGACCCUGUUGCGUCCUCUGAGAUAUGGAAGCUCUGCAAGGCACGCCGCAUCCCCGCCAACAUCGCCGAUGUGCCACCCGAGUGUGACUUUUACUUUGGCAGCAUUCACCGUGACGGUCCGCUGCAGAUUAUGGUGUCGACAAACGGGAAAGGUCCACGUCUGGCGAACCAGAUCCGCAGGCACAUUGCAGAGAGCCUGCCGCCAAACGCGGGCGCCGCCGUGGAAAAAGUGGGUGCGCUGAGGGCGCGUCUAAGGCAGAUUGCACCCGACGCGGAAGAGGGACCGAAGAGGAUGCGGUGGAUGAUCAAGGUCAGCGAUGCGCUCACAUUUGAGCAGCUGUGCGCUUUGACGGACGAGGACAUGGAGAACAUCCUGGGAUACUACAUGGCUGAGGGUGUACCGACAUUCAAGGAGAUCAUGGAUAUGAGGGCCGAGAAAAAAGACAUUGAUCCUUCCGCUGAAGAGGAGGUGGAGGAUGUGGUAGAGGGUAUUGAUAAGAAGUUGCACACCUAGAUUCGUCAACCGGCAACCUGCUUUGUUCCACCUAAACUUCAACUUGCAAUCCACUGUCAGGCGCUGUAUGUCCACCUUGUGGUACGACAUACAGUGUUUAUUUACAAGUAAUUACCAGCAAAUUUUCAACCGGAACAUGUCACAAAGCAGACAAAGCGAAAUAUGGCCAUCUCUCACUUUGCCUAUCCGGUUCUGAAAAGCUGCUGGACCUGGGUCAGUAGUAACUGAUCUCCUUGAUCGAGUUGUAAUUUCUUGGGUACCAGUGGAGGCGAGUUCAAUGCUCUGAUCCGCCUGAUUCGUGCAGUUUCGGUCUGUCAUCAGCGACUUCGGCACUUGGAUUUAGGCCGCUACCCCGCCCGCUAGCAAGACUGGGAGUCAUCACUGGCAAAAGGGUCCUUCACAUAAGAUGGAG